AUUGUUUUUGUGAUGACAUGAAAACUUAACCUAAGCAGUUCGUAUAUAUUCAAAGUUCAAAGUCUUUACUACAUCUAAAGACUUGUUAUCAAAUUCACUUUUAGUUUAAACAAGGUUCUAGGAUAGAGUAGUACAUUAUGAACAUUUUUUCGAAAUCAACAGGUAUCAUUAAGGUUACUGGUAGACAUUUGAGAAGUUCUGUUACAAUGUCUUCACUGGCUUUCAAAAGUUUAUCUGUAGAUGUACCCAAAGAAUUUGUUUAUCAUGUCAAGUUUAAUAGACCUGAGAAAAGGAAUGCUAUUAACCAUACAAUGUGGUUAGAAAUAAAGGAUUGUUUUGAUAAACUGAGUGAUGAUGAAAAUUGCAGAGCAGUAGUUUUAUCUGGAGAGGGAAUGGUAUUUACUGCAGGUAUUGAUUUAUCUGAUUUUCUUACAACGGGAGCUGGUAUAGCUAAACAUGAAGAUAUUGCCCGUAAAGCAAAAAUAUUAUAUAAAAUUAUCCAAACAUAUCAGGAAAGUUUAUCAUCGCUUGAGCUUUGCAAAAAACCAGUAUUAGCUGCAGUACAUUCUGCUUGCAUUGGUGCAGGCGUUGAUGCAAUAUCAGCCGCUGAUAUGAGAUAUUGCACCAAGGAUUCAUUUUUCCAAGUCAAAGAGGUUGAAGUAGGUUUAGCUGCAGACGUUGGAACUCUACAAAGAUUACCCAAAAUCCUUGGGUCUGAUAGUUUAGUUCGAGAAUUGUGCUACACUGGUAGAAAGAUGGAUGCAGAUGAAGCGUUUGCUCGAGGAUUGGUUUCUAAAGUUUUUAAUAAUAAAGAGGAGCUUAUUAAUGGUGUACUAGGCAUAGCUGAAGAAAUAGCAAGCAGAAGUCCAGUUGCCAUUCAAACUACAAAAGCUAGUUUGGUGUAUUCCAGAGACCAUUCAGUACAAGAGGGACUUGAUCACAUUAAACAUCUCAAUCAAUUGUAUCUCCAGAGUGAAGAUCUUCUCAAAGCAGCAACUGCACAGAUGACAAAGGAAAAACCUAUUUUUGCGAAACUGUGAAAAUUAUAAUUUACAUUCUUUGUACUGAAAUAAUUAUUAUAUAUACUAUACUAAUACAAGAUAGGCUCAAAAUUAUAUAAUUUAAUUUCAAGAGCUGAUACUACAAGGGUAUUUAAUUUAAUACACUUUCUUCUAAAGGGAGGUUCAUUCCUUUAAUGGGGUAAA